AUGGAUUGUUCCCGUUGGUUUCCAUCUUUCUCAUCGCUUCUUUACAAGAUUGAAAAAUGGGGUGCUCCAUACUUCUCAGUGAACUCAUCUGGCAACAUUUCUAUCCGUCCGAAAGGCCUGAACUCCUCAUCGACUCACAAGGAGAUUGAUUUGCUGAAGGUGGUGAAGAAAGUUUCGGACCACAGAUCGUCAGGUGGCCUCGGACUACAACUUCCUCUGAUAAUUCGGCUGUCUGAUGUUUUGAAGAACCGCCUGGAGUCCCUUCAAUCCGCUUUCGAGUCUGCCAUCUGCUCUUGGAACUAUGGGUCUCGUUAUCAAGGUGUUUAUCCUGUGAAAAGUAACCAGAACAGGUUUAUUGUGGAAGAUAUUGUGAGAUUUGGAUUCCCUUUUCGAUUUGGCUUGGAAGUUGGUUCCAAGCCUGAGCUCCUACUGGCAAUGAAUUGUUUAUGUAAAGGACAUCCGGAAGCUCUUUUAAUUUGCAAUGGCUUUAAGGAUAAGGAUUAUAUUUUACUUGCUUUGAUCGCAAGAAAGCUUGCUUUUAACGUAGUGGUUGUUCUUGAGCAAGUGGAAGAGCUAGAUUUAGUUAUUGAUUUAAGUACAAAACUUUGUGUAUCCCCCGUUUUUGGUUUGCGAGCAAAGCUAAGAACAAAGCAUGGUGGUCACUUCGGAUCAACUUCUGGUGAGAGAGGGAAGUUUGGACUAACACCAAGGCAAAUUUUAAGUGUGGUGAAGAAGCUUGAAAAAGCAGGGAUGCUGAAUUGCCUAAUUUUGCUGCAUUUCCAUAUUGGAUCUCAGAUUCCUUCAAUCACAAUGUUAGCAGAUGGCAUAGGUGAGGCCACUCAAAUCUAUUGUGAAUUGGUUCGUCUUGGGGCAUGUUUGCAGUUCAUUGACGUUGGAGGUGGUCUUGGCAUUGAUUAUGAUGGAUCAAAAUCGAGUAACUCUGAUGUUUCAGUUGGUUAUGGGCUCGAAGAGUAUGCUUCAACCGUUGUCCAAGUCAUUCAACAAGUAUGUGAUAGCAAAUCUGUUAAGCAUCCAGUGAUCUGCAGUGAAAGUGGUAGAGCUAUUGUCUCCUACCACUCGAUUGUGAUUUUUGAAGCCAUUUCUUCCAGUGUAUCGGAUUCCCCAGGUCUCAAUCCUGAAGGAUUGCAGCAUUUUGUUGAAGGGUUAACUGAGGAUGCUCGUGCAGACUACUCAAAUUUGUCUGCUGCAGUAAUUAAAGGUGAACAUACCGCCUGUCUGCACUAUGCUAAUAAGCUGAAGCAGUAUUGCUUGGAUCAGUUCAAGGAAGGUUCCCUGAAUAUUGAACAGCUUGCCAUUGUCGAUGAGUUAUAUGAUAUGGUCUCCAAGGCAACAGGUGCUUCUGAACCAAUUCAUACUUACCUAGUGAAUCUUUCAAUCUUCAAUUCUGUACCGGACUUUUGGGCUAUAGGGCAGAUGUACCCUAUAGUUCCGAUUCAUCGCCUCGAUCAAAAGCCAACAGUUAAGGGGAUUUUAUUAGAUCUAACUUGUGAUAGUGAUGGAAAGAUUGAUAGAUUCAUUGGUGGUGAAUCGAGCUUGCCACUGCAUGAUCACAGGGAGUCCAGCGGAGGGCAAUAUUACCUGGGGAUGUUCUUGGGAGGGGCUUAUGAGGAGGCACUUGGUGGAUCUCACAAUUUGCUUGGCAGUCCCAGCGUGGUUCAGGUGUCAUCACAAAGUAGCGAGCCGGAGGGGUUUAUAGUGACAAUGGCUACGCCAGGGCAGUCUUGCAGAGAUGUUCUUCGAACAAUGCAACAUGAGCCCGAGGCUAUCUUCAAGGAGCUUAAGCAACGGAUUAAGGCGCUUGGUCAGGUCAAUGGCACCGCAGAUGGAAUGUUUCAGUCUGUUCUGGCAGGCAUCUUCAGCAACAUGCCUUACCUAACCAGGGGCUCUUCUUGCAGCUGAUCUAGUUAAUUGCUGUCAGUAGCAACUCUUCGAGUUUAUUGUUUUGGCAUGUAUUAACAAGAAUCCCUAUUAUUUUGUGACAAUUUCAGGUGCCUGAA